AACUUGUAUGAAUGUGAAUGCAUUCAACCAUCGAAUUAACACUUGGUGUAAACAAACUGACUGUAAUUUUCGCAUCACAAAUCAAAAUGUUGAUCUGAAUGACGGUGUUAUUGGUCAGAGCUUAAGUACCGAUUACAUAUAUUUCACAUUAUUGACAGAUAACAAUAGAUACGAAAUGUUCAAAAUGUCAUUGAAUCCACUGAAGGAUUGUACGGCAUCCAUGGAAAAUCAAAGUGCAUCCCCUGUUAAGUUUCUUUCUAUGGGCCAAAUUAAUUUGUCGAAAGCAGCUAUAGAAAUUGAUUCCAAUGAAAAUAUGUUCUUUUUCAUGGAAACAGAUGAAAUCUGGUGCUGGAAUACUAAACGCUCAUUCACCAAAGAAAAUUUUCAUUUGUUUGCAGAGCUAACAUUUAAAAACGCCGACAGGCUGCAAAUAAUAAGAAAUCAACAAGACAAAGAAGAGCUUUGCGCUUGGUCGACCGAACCGCAGAAUUUCGAGAUAAGAAACAAACGGAUGGAGAUAAAAAUCGGUUUUGCUAAAUUUCAAAUCGGUCAACUCAUAAAUGGAGGAAUUUGUGGCAUUUAACUUGGAAAUAAAUUAAAUGACCUUUUAGGUGGGAAA